CUUUCACACCCUGCCCUGGCUCAGCCAGUCUCUCGCAGACAUGCAGCUGGAGAGGAAGAUGCUGCUCUCCCUGUCCUGCUGCUGAAGAGAGUGGCGAGCUCUUAACCCAACGGGGGGGGCUCUUUGGGAAGGGAGGGGGGGUUGCCCUGUUGCGGACAAUCCCACCAUCUCCCCCCUCCCGGUCCUUCCAGCGUCCACCUGCCCCUCCCUACCGCUAACACCCUCCCCCCCAGCGGGCUGGAGGGGCUGAUGCAGCCGAUAAGGGAAAGGAUAGUGGUUAAAGCUCGAGCUGGAUGGAUGGGUAUGGGGAGAGGGGCAGGAUCCACAGCCCUGGGAUUCUUCCAAAUCCUCCCUGUCUUUCUCUGCAUCUUCCCUGCAGCAACCUCUCAGUGCAAGAUCCUGAAGUGUAACUCUGAGUUCUGGGCGGCCACAUCUGGCUCUCACCACCUGGGCACGGAGGAGGCACCAGAGUUCUGCACGGCUCUCCGCACCUACGCCCACUGCACCCGCCGCACGGCUCGUACCUGUAGAGGGGACCUGGCCUACCACUCUGCCGUUCAUGGCAUAGAUGACCUCAUGGUCCAACACAACUGCUCCAAAGAUGGCCCCACCUCGCAGCCCCGCCUCCGAACACUGCCCCCCGGGGACAGCCAGGAGCGCUCCGACAGCCCCGAGAUCUGCCACUAUGAGAAGAGCUUUCAGAAGCACUCAGCCCCCCCAAACUACACCCACUGCGGGCUCUUUGGGGACCCCCACCUCAGGACUUUCACAGACAGCUUCCAGACCUGCAAAGUGCAGGGGGCUUGGCCACUCAUAGACAAUAAUUACCUGAAUGUCCAGGUCACCAACACGCCAGUGCUACCUGGGUCCUCAGCGACUGCAACGACCAAGCUCACCAUCAUCUUCAAGAGCUUCCAGGAGUGUGUGGACCAGAAAGUGUACCAGGCGGAGAUGGACGAGCUCCCAGCUGCCUUUGCUGACGGCUCCAAGAACGGCGGUGACAAGCAUGGCGCCAACAGCCUGAAGAUCACCGAGAAGGUGUCUGGCCAGCAUAUCGAGAUCCAAGCCAAGUACAUCGGUACCACCAUUGUGGUGAGGCAGGUGGGGCAUUACCUCACCUUCGCCGUGCGCAUGCCCGAGGAGGUAGUGAACGCCGUGGAGGACAGGGACAACCAGGGCCUUUACCUCUGCCUCCGGGGCUGCCCGCUUAACCAACAGAUUGACUUCCAGACCUUCCGCUCUGCUCAGGGCACGGAAGGCCGGGCUCGCAGGAAAGGGCCCAGCCUCGUCUCCUCCCCUGAGUUCUUCACCUACGAAACGGCCAUGGCCAAGUGCCGGGAGAAGCUCCCCGUGGAGGACCUGUACUUCCAGUCCUGCGUCUUCGACCUCCUGACCACGGGGGAUGUCAACUUCACUCUGGCAGCUUAUUACGCUUUCGAGGACGUGAAGAUGCUUCAUUCCAACAAGGACAAGCUGCACCUCUUUGAAAGGACACGGGAGCUGAGCCCAGGAAACACAGCCCCCUCGGGGCAUCCCUGGACCCUCCCUGCCCUCUGGGUGGCGCUGGUGUGUCUGAGUCAGUGCUGGUCAGUGUUCCUAUAGAUGUGACCUCGGUUGCGGGGGGAAGAGCUCAGCAGGAGGGGAUGACGGUCUGUGCUGGAUGAGGAGAGGUUGAACAGCAGGUCCGGCUGGGAGCUAAAGAAUCAGCCCCUGUCCUCAGAGUUAGACUCCCUGGAACACCAUGGGCCUGCCCCAGAGAGCAGCCAGACCUCAUAUAGUCCUUCCCCAGCUCACCCUCUCCUCUUCAUGCAGGUGAGGAGGGUGGGAUGCCCCCGCCUCCUUCUAGUGCUCCCUCGUGGUACUGCAAACGGUUGUGGUGACUGUGAUGUUGGCAUUUGUGAAAGUGACUUCAUGUUAGGAGAGUUGGCAGCUGCUGCCUGGGAGGAGGGGAGAGCGCCCCAGCUGGUCAGGAUGGCGUGCUGGCGAGAUGGGCCCAUGCCUAGAGACCAUCACGGGACACAGAGACAGGCUGGCCUCUGAUUUUCACACCCGCUUUGCUCACGCAAAUGACUCCACCUGCUAAAGGGCUCACACCCCCCAACCCCACCCCACGACUGUGUAUGCAAACAGCUGGUGGUACGCACCUAAGCGGGGCCCACUCACCCCUGGGGCUCAGCCGGCUGCCUGUGCAAAUGCAGGUGCUAAACACCAGACAGAGGAGUUACAACGGUGCCCUCCGGGCGCUGGACUCACACCCACACGGAGAGAGGGUACAGGGGUGGGCAGUUGGCGGGAAUGGUAUCUGUCCCUUAUUAAAGACCCUGCUCUCCCAGCACCCAGUUCCCUGCAGGUGUCUGAGGCGCACAGUACAUCUUUCGCUGAUGGGCACCAUUCCGGGGGGUGUGGGGGAGUCAGUCACUGAUUAUAUUUGCUGUGCUUCACAGGGCAUCUGGGAGCUAAUAGGAUCUGGGAAAUCCCAUCCUGGCACAUUAACGCUCUGAUUCACUUCAUAGCCACGAGGUUUUGAAUCCUUUGGGCCCUCCCUGCCCUGCCUCCUCGCCUCAGAGAUGCAAAGGGAGAAACCUGGCCAGUAUUCGAGUGGUUUCUGUCAUUUGCCUUUGGCCUCCUCCCAGCAUUUGAAGUGCUCCUUGUGACGUGGCCCUUUGAUUCCAUUAGCUCCCAGGGGGCUCAGGCAAAGCGAGGCGGGAGGUGCCAGUGAUCUCCCAGAUUUGUACUUCAGGGUGACCAGUCAGACCUCCUCAAGCCCCUCACUGACAGGCUGGAGUGUCGCCACUCUAGCCCUGUCCCUCUUCAUCACACAGGAGGGCAGCUGUGGGGUUGGGGCAAAGCUCUAAGAAAGGCAGUGCCCAGGGAGUGCGGGGGGGAGUUUUGCUUGUUUGCUGCUAAGCACCUGCUCCUCUCCGAGUGAUCUCAUUUCAGACCGGUUGCACCUUAGUUCUUCCUGGCUCGAUUCUGAGGAGGGCACUGUUUGAAAAUCCAGCCAGGGCAGGCCCUGAGAAAUCCCAGGUGUCCAAAGGCUCUGUUCCCUGGCAGUAAACGAUCAAUAAUCUCCUCUACUAGGAUGGAGUGCCCCUUCCCCUUCUCUGUGUUCUUCUGGGAUUUGCCUGAUGGUUUGCUCAGUAAAUGACAAGACCAUCUGUACCUCAGCCUGGAGCUGGGACAGCUCUGGGGGAAUGCUCCAUCGUUCCCACAGCACGAAUUUCCCAGAGGUCUCCCCAGAAGUGCAGGUAGAUCACUGGGACAACCAGCGAUCAUGGAUGGUCUCUUGACGGCGCCCAAAGAGGACUGGAUGUGUGACGUGCCCUGCAGCGCAUACAAACUAGCGCCACAUGGCAGCCUCCUGUAAAAUACUCGCGGGGGGGAGGGAUAGCUCAGUGGUUUGAGCAUUGGCCUGCUAAACCCAGGGUUGUGGGUUCAAGCCUUGAGGGGGCCAUUUAGGGAUCUGGUGCAAAAAUUGGGGAUUGGUCCUGCUUGGAGGUCCCUUCCAACCCUGAUAUUCUAAGCAACUAUUCAUUGUGUCCUGCCAGCUCUAGAACUCCCAUUUGUAAAGCAGCAGAGAAAUGCAACGUGUGUCAUUGGAUGUAAUUUAUAUUGUCUCUAAUCUAUGGACCCCUGGCAUGGAUUUCAUGUGACUGUACAGAUAAAGAGAUGUCAUUGGUUUUUAGGUGUUUAACAAAAAACAGAAAAGAAAUAACAAAAAGAUGUGUUUACUACUUCGCUCCUUGCUUUGUCCGCUGGUGGCCCGUGUUUCUGUUUAGGGCGAUUUUAAAAUAGGGAUCUCACAAUGUAGGGAGCUGGGGAGACCAACCACUGGAGGGUAAAUCUACCAACUCGCUGGCCACAGAGCUCUUGGGGAGGGGGAGGCAGCUCGAAAAAGAAAUAAUUGAGACAUUCUAAAUUAUCUGUAUUUAAAUUAGAGUAGCCUAGAUGCCCCAGCUGAGAUCAGGACCCCAAGGCACCUAGUGAGGGAUAGUUGCUGCCCCAAGGAAUUUACAAUCUAGAUAGCUAAGGAAGGAAGGGGAAACUGAGGCAGAAUUAAUGAAAUUACUUGCCCAGGGUAACACAGCUGGGCAGUGUGAGAGCUAGGAACAGAGCCCAGGUCGCCUUUGUCCCAGUCCAGUCCGCUAGACCACAUUGCCUCCCUUAAGGCUCCUAUAGUGGCUAUGAACUGCCUGUUUCUGAGUUGGGUUUUAUCCUGGCCAUAUGGCAUGACCAAUGGUCUAUUUCUGCUGAGUUUAACAGCUUCCAACCUUCUUGGGUGAGCACAAGUCCUAGGAACUGUCCAUUGCUGACCCCGUGCAUACGUGUCAGUGGGGGAACUCCACUCCCUUCGUGUGUUUGGUAGCUAGCAGCCGGCAGGUUCUCUGGCUUCAGUGCGACUAGCCAAGGCCAGAGUUAUUCAAUCACUUUAGUUCCUUCACUACAUAAAAAUUGAAUCUUUAUUGCCCCUAGAAAUUGGAGAGGUGACUAUUUAAAGUCACAUCAGCUUUAUGGUGGGGCAGUGACACACCUGGGUAUGCCACAAAUAAUCCCAACUAUAUUGAGGGGUGGGUCAUGGAGCUGCCAUCACUACAGGAAUAGUACUGCCCUGUGUAGGCAGCACAUCGGAGAGUGACAUUGCUGUUAGCCAAUCAGUAUAGUCCAUAAUGGCCAUGUGACAUCUGCUGUCAACGGUGCCACUUCCUGUCAUGCCAGCAUAAGAGAGGAUGCUAUGCCAGGGUCAGAGCUACUCUCUGGAGGAGGAAAGUCCUCCGUGAUCUUGAUUGUCUCUCCAUAGCCCAGGCCCCCCCUAGUAGGUCAGUGCUCCAGUGGUGAUUGAAUAUAUUAUGGUGGUUGGGCUAUCCCUCUUUUAGAAGCAAACAGUUAAGCACUUUAUUUUGGUUGUGUUUGACCCAAUUCUAGUUAAAGGUGAAGUGUGGCCAAGGAAGACCUGAUGUGGUUGGAAUAAAAACAAAAGAUUUUGGUUUUGGGAUGGGGGAAGAAUCUCCUGACUGCUCCUUGUGUUUUGGACCCAUAAUGGGUGUCACUGCAUGUACAUACUGUAAAUUAUUUAUUGAUGAAAAUGCAAGUAAAGGUGCUCUUUUUUU